AUGACGACGACCAAGCACGGCGUUAAGACAUCGUUGCUCAUGGCCAAGUCGCGAGUCGCUCCUAUUAAAACGCUUACGGUCCCAGUUCUGAAAUUGAACGGUGCGCUCCUCCUUUCUGAACUGCUCCAGCACAUCACGAGUUCACUGGCGAUCAAAGUGCAGCGUGUUUGUUGCUGGACCAAUUCGACGAUAACGUUGGCCUGGUUGAGAAAACACCCGUCAACGUGGAAAAUUGUAAUCGCGAAUCGGGUGUCGAAAAUCCAAACGGCUUUGCCGACUGCGAUUUGGCGUGUCAAUUCGCCAGAACUGGUCAAUAAGUGUAGCGAACUGGGAGUCAAGUGGAGGUUUAAUCCGCCCAGUGCGCCUCACUUUGGUGGCAUGCAGGAGGCCGGUGUGAAAUCGAUGAAAUAUCAUCUUAAACGAGUGAUAGGAGAAUUCACACCGACCAGUGAGGAAAUGCAAACGUUGCUUUGCAAAAUCGAAGCGAGUUUAAAUUCGCGGCCGAUAGCCCCGCUGAGCGACAACGCGGACGAUUAUUCGGUCUUAACACCAGGGCAUUUUAUUACCGGUGGACCAUUGAACGCGCUGCCCAGAGAAUCAGUGGAAGCGGAAAAAAUCACGCGGCUUUCGCGUUGGAAAGUACUGCAAAAAUUCCACGAGCAGCUUUGGAGAAUAUGGUCGCGGGAAUAUCUCCUCCACCUGCAACAACGCUACAAAUGGCAAACAACCCAGGCUCAAUUGCAGCAAGGUGACCUGGUAUUGGUCCAAAAUCCUAUCUUGCCUCCUAACCAAUGGGACAUGGGGAGAGUGACCAAAGUGCAUCCCGGGGACGAUAAUAAAGUCCGAGUCGUCGAAGUUAAGACGGCAAAGGGAACAUAUACGAGGCCGAUUACGCGUAUGUGUAAGUUGCCUGUAAAAAAAAGACCUAGAGAGUUUGAUCAGCCUGUUGGAAUAACAGAGGGACCGACAUAA